CAAUCAUUACUUCACUCACGACCCAACACGCGGAAAAAAAAACAACAACAACUCAGAAAUUUAUCCACCGAGAUGAAUAUAUAAUCUUUCAGUAAAUGCUGGAAUGAAAUGACUAAAAACAAAACUGGAUCCAUCAACAGAAAGCAAUGCUCUUGCUACCAAGGCAAGAAAUGUGCUGGAUGCCGUUCGAAAAGGAUCAUAAAGUAAUCUUACAUUUUACAUGUCUCGUUCAAUAAUUUCGUCAAGAACACAUGUAAGCUAAUGUAUUUAUACCGUGUGGCGAAGUACAAAAGGCCACAAAUCUUCUUAGAAGAGCCACACCGGUUGACAGUGCCCAUAGUUAUCAGCCACUACAGACAUAAAAAACCAGUCACCGUGAACAGGACUACAGGCAAUACGUGGGGGUUUCGCAAUAAAGAUAAUAAUGAAAAACCAUCUACAGGGACGACAGUAUGCCGCUGGUACAAGAAACGGAGGGCCUUGAAGCGUCUAGAGAGAGAACACGACAAAGAACAAAAAAGAAUCCAGCAGACAGAGAAAACACGCCGAGAAGAAGAGUUGCUGCAACAAUUACUGAAACGUGAGCAAUACCUGCAAGAGAUAAACAAGAAACGAACGCAAAAAGUUUUUACACCACCAUCCAAUGCAGUCCAGAAAGCAAAGGUUCAAACCAAAGUGAAAAAAGUACGCCAUGGAAGGGCGACCAGUGUCAAGCCGAAAGCCCAAUCUAAAUAUGUGACUGUAAAUAAAUACAACCGCUCCCAAUCGUUGAGCGAGCGGUUUGUGAACUGGUUCUACCGCACGUGCUGCCAACUGUACUGCUGUGUAUCCAUCGUCCUCGUGCUGGGAAUAACGGUUAUAAUUCUCAUAUAACCUGUCUUUCUUUUUUAAAAUAAAUAGUAUGUACCAACA